AUGGGCGCGGCGUUGGCGGUGGGGACCGCGCUCGGGAGCGCGCUCGGGAGCUCGGUCGCGGUGGAUGCGCCCAGGGGCGCGCUGGAGCUGAUGUUCAUGGGGGGGAUGCUGUUCUUGUCGUACCGCACGUUCAGGACGGUGAGGCGGUAG